AUGGCUGAGCAGCAGCUACCCAUCAUGGCUCAGCCAGCUCCUCGUAUACUCAACAUCUCCACAGCUCCUUGCCUGCAGAAAGUCAUAAAAUCUUAUUUUACCUGUCGUUUGUCCUUUAUUUGCUCAGUUUUUGGUCCACAGACAGUAAGGAGAUGUCUCUUUCACUGUACUCCUGCCAGUUUGGUGUCUUCGGGUGCUUUUUUGGACAGAUUGCAGAAGGGGGGAGCGGUUUUGUCCGAUGAGGGUCUCUGUCAUCAGUUUUCUUUAUUGCUAAAGGAGCCUGAUCAACCUGAAAAUGCCAAAUCUCAACUAUGGCAAUUGUGGGUGCCUAAUGCAGGGAAAUCCACACUGACCAAACUGCUGGGUCGAAAGUUGUGUGCUGUUUCGGAGAAAGUGCACACUAGAAGAUCACGUGCAGUUGGUGUCCUGACACAGGAUGACACAUAAAUAUUGUUGGAUACCCUUGAUCUCACCAUAACAAUGGAAGCUAAAAGACAUCACCUGGAAGAAUCACUGGUGGUGGAUCCUUUUGAGUCAAUAAAGGAAGCUCAUCUAGUGGUGGUGCUAGUCUAUGUGUCCGAUAAAUGGGUAGACCUACUGAAGAACAAAACGCUUCUGCUAGACAUCACAGCACAGGUGACAGAAGGGGUGGUGGUGAAUGGUAAGAAGAUGAGACUCCGUGGAGCAGAGAAACCACGUCAGAGAUCAGCAGCCAAACCCCACAGCAGAUACACUGAAGGACCUCAUUCUGAGAGCAUGAAGGACGGGGCAUCUCAAGAGGAUCAGGACAAAGACAGGCUGAGCCCAGAGGAGCUGAAGGCCCUGAAGAGCCACAGGGGGUGGCUGCUUUGUAAGGAUGUAUUCAUGUUAAGUUCUGUUGACAGAGAAGAUGAGGAAACAUUAAAGUCUGCUGACCAAUCAGAAUCAUUCCCUGUAUCAGACCCUGAACAGCAGGACUCGCUCUCACGCAAUCGUCCUCAGCAUCUGGAUGUUAAAGGUCUAUUGGCUAACAUGGGAGUGGCCCCCCGCGGUUACUUUGUAGACAGACUCCCAGUAACUAACUGUUAUUUCAGGGAGGACAAGAAUAUGAACUUGUCUGAUGAAUUUGAUGUUGGCUGUACUUUCAUCAAAGGUUAUUUUGUACAGGCCUCACUCAGAGAAAGCCCUUAG